AUGACUCAUGGCUUUCUGGAUACCGUCAAGCAAGUUCUCAGAGAGGAAAGCCUUAAUCUCGGGAGACAGAAUCGGAAUGGCGACACGGCGCUUCACCUUGCCGUCCGGCUGAAAUCGCGGGAACUGCUUGAUCUACUUCUUGACCAUCCUCGUAUCAACGUCAAUCCUACUUACAGAGAUGGCAACACGCCACUGUGGGAGGCUUCACGCUCGCAGUGCGAUGAAAUUAUCAAGAGGUUUCUCGGGCACAAAAGCGUGGACACCAACCUCAUCGGUGGCCGCAGCAAGUGUGCUGGAUAG